AUGAGCCAGGAGUCACUGGAGUCUGAUGGAGACUGUGCUCAUGAUUUAUCUGACUUCAACUGGGAUGACUAUUUGGAGGAGACCGGUGCUGUGUCUGUGCCUCAUCACGCCUUUAAGCAUGUGGACCAAGGUCUACAGACAGGCUUGACUCCUGGUAUGAAGCUGGAGGUGUGUGUGCGCUCAGAGUCUGACAGUCCUUACUGGGUGGCCAGCAUCAUCACAACAUGCGGCCAGCUGCUGCUGCUCCGCUAUGAAGGAUACCAGGAUAACCGCAGUGCUGACUUCUGGUGUGACACCAUGACGGCUGACCUGCACCCAUUAGGCUGGAGCCGCCAGCAUGGCAAGAUCAUGAGACCCCCUGACAGUGUGCGUGAGAAGCACCAGGACUGGGAGGCUUUACUUGAAAAGGUCCUGGCUGAGGAGUGCAGCGUGCCUGCCAACCUGCUAGAGUUGCCUCAGCGUGGCCGCGACCCAAUGGAGCUGCUGAGUGCCGGUUGUUAUGUGGAGCUGCAAGACAGUGUUGACCCAGGGCUUGCCUGGGCCGCUGAGGUAGAGGAGAAUGUCGGAGGAAGGCUGAAGUUGCGGCUGGUUGGCACAGAGGGCCUCCCUGACACACCUGCGACCCUUUGGCUCUUUUACCUCCACCCACGCCUCCACCCACCCGGGUGGGUUCAAGAGCAUGGAUACACCUUCAGGCCUCCUUCUGAACUUUUGGCACUGCGAACAGAGGAAGAGUGGGAAGAGGUGAAGCAGAGGAUCACUGAACUUCCUCAAGAUGAAGCUCUGACUGCAGAGCUCAGUAAGGACCAGCCUGCAAUUUCUACUCAUUGUUUUAAAGAAGGAAUGAAAUUGGAAGCGGUCGAUCCUGCAGCACCCAUCUGUAUCAGGCCAGCCACCGUCACAAAGGUUUUCAAUGAGCAGUACUUCCUGGUAACAAUGGAUGACCUUUGUGGCAUUGAGGAGUCUGAAGGCUCAGGACGCUCCUUUCUGUGCCACAGAGACAGCCCGGGGAUCUUUCCUGCUCAAUGGAGUCUUAAAAAUGGGCUCCCUCUCAGCCCACCACCAGGGUAUCAAGGUCCAGACUUUGACUGGGCAGAUUACCUAAAACAUUGUGAAGCAGAAGCAGCCCCUCAGAACUGCUUCCCAACUGACAGUGUUGAAAAUAAUUUUAAAGAGUCAAUGAAACUGGAGGCUGUCAACCCACUGUCACCAGAGAACAUUCACGUGGCAACAGUCACCAGGGUGAAAGGGCAAUACAUUUGGCUCAGUCUGGAAGGUCUAAAACAGCCCAUGCCUGAGUUGACAGUUCAUGUGGAUUCUUUGGACAUCUUUCCUGUGAGCUGGUGUGAGACAAACGGCUAUCCACUUGUGUACCCCAUCAAGCCCUCAGUAGAAAAUGAGAGGAAGAUUGCUGUGGUGCAGCCUGAAAAACACAGAGCUCCAUCAAAGUCAUCAUCACCUGUCACUGUAAAGCAGGUGGCAAAUCAGCCAGAAGCUGGACAGGGGAAUGGAAAAUACUGUUGUCCCAAGAUCUAUUUUAAUCAUCGCUGUUUUUCUGGCCCUUACCUUAAUAAGGGACGAAUAGCUGAACUGCCUCAGUUCAUCGGCCCUGGAAAUUGUGUCCUUGUGCUCAAAGAGGUUUUGACUCUUCUCAUCAACUCUGCAUACAAGCCAAGCCGAGUGCUAAGGGAGUUGCAGUUGGAUCAGGAGAGUCGCUGGCAAGGUCAUGGAGAGACUCUCAAAGCCAAAUACAAGGGAAAAAGCUACCGAGCCACAGUGGAAAUCGUCCGCACUGCAGAUCGAGUGGCAGACUUCUGCAGGAAGACUUGCAUCAAGUUAGAGUGCUGUCCCAACCUGUUUGGACCUCGUAUGGUUCUGGAGCAUUGCUCAGAGAACUGCUCCAUCCUCACAAAGACCAAGUACACGUAUUACUACGGAAAGAAGAAGAGCAAACGUGUGGGCCGUCCGCCUGGAGGCCACUCAAACCUCGAGGCUGGAGUGAAAAGAAGGGGAAGGAGGAGGAAGAGAAGGAAGCAGCUCUUUGUGCAUAAAAAGAGACGCUCUUCAACAUCGGUCGAUAACACUCCUGCUGGCUCUCCACAGGGAAGUGGCGAAGAAGAGGAUCUUGAUGAAGAUGACUCCCUAAGUGAAGACUCUGGCUCAGAACUGCAGGAUGAUCUCCAAGAUGAUUCUGAACAAUCAGUAGAAAAGUCCCAGCCUCCCACACCGUCCCCAUCACCACCUACUACACCCAGACCCACACGUCGGCGCAGGAAACCCCGUUCGCCCUCUUUCUCUGAUGAUGAGAACCAUCCUCCUUCACCAAAGACAUCAAAGACAGAACCUCCUCAAAAGUUGUGCUUAGACACCAGCCCACUAGAAUGGAGCGUGACUGAUGUGGUUCGUUUCAUCAGAACUACGGACUGCGCACCUCUAGCACGCAUUUUCAUGGAUCAAGAGAUCGACGGACAGGCUCUCCUGCUGCUCAACCUGCCAACUGUGCAGGAGUGUAUGGACUUGAAGCUGGGACCGGCCAUCAAGCUGUGCCACCACAUUGAGAGAGUCAAACUGGCGUUUUAUCAACAGUUUGCCACGUAG